UUACUUUCGAUAUUAACUGCUGCGGUCCUGAAUACUGAAGGAUUGUCUGUUUGGCUCUCUCGAAUAAAACGGCUAAAAUGAGAGCACUCAUCACUUUUGCACUUCUUUGUCUGCUGUACAUCACUGUACAAGGGAAAGUCUCCACUCCCAAAGUUCAUGUGUACAGUCAUUUUCCAGGAGAGUAUGGAAAACCAAACACCCUGAUCUGCUAUGUGAGCAGCUUCCAUCCUCCUGAUAUCUCCAUUGAACUGCUGAAGAACGGAGAGGUUCUUCCGGACACCAAGCAGACCGACCUGGCCUUCGAAAAGGGCUGGCAGUUUCACCUCACCAAGAGCGUUGCCUUCACCCCAGAGAAAGGAGAUGAAUAUGCCUGCAGAGUUCGACACAUGAAAGACACAAAGAAGUUUAGUUGGGAGUCCAACAUGUAAAUCCAAACCCGUCAGCGAGGCGUACGAUGGAGCGAUGGAUUCACAUGUCGUUUUACAUCAUCUACAGAGUCCAUAUUAAGGCCCGUUCACACCAAGGACUUUAGCUAUGCCAAUACUGAUUGAGACAGGCCUUCAGUUUUGCAAAUCGUUUUCACUUUAAAUGGACUAUAACAAAUUAUUGUUGUUGCAAUCACUUUUACGCUGAUUUCUUUUCAACCUGAUUCAUAAUAAUGAUAUGCUGAAUAAACAGAAUGUUAAUAUAGUUAUCGUUCUUGGUGUGAACGGGCUGCUGUUGCUUCUUGAGCUUUUUAUAUAGCUAAAUUACAUUGUAAAUUCCAUGACAGUCUCUGAAACCUUUCCUUUUCUUCACGAAAGGUAGGAUAAUUUGACCAAAGUAGCUGCUACCGGUUUUUGGGUUGGCUUAGAUUCCUUUCUUUUCACUGUAUAUUCGUUUUUGUGUAAAUUACAGCAGUAAGCUGUGGACUUGUAGUCUAUUCUUAAAAAUAAAGUCAUGUUGGACUUUCUGUAAUUAUUUGAGAAAAAUACUGUCAUUGUUCUCUUUUAAAACUGUUGUUAUUUUCUUUUAUUAGUAUUUGGAAACUUUAAAUUGGGGAUUUUAAUAAUGAUUGUCAUUUAAAGAAGAUAAAUAAAAUUUUGGAAAACCUAA